CAAACCCUAAUUUCUGCACAGUGAAAUUACAGUUCCAGUCAGUAUUCAUGAAAAAUAAAUAAUCAAACCAGAACAGCUUCGUCCCCAAAGGCACCAACGUUCCUGCUUUGCUUUCUUCUUCAAAAGGAUUAGUGCUUAAAGAUCAUUAUCGAAAUGGGAAGAGGGAAAGUAGAGAUCAAAAGGAUUGAGAACAAAACAAGUAGACAGGUGACAUUUUCGAAACGAAGAGCUGGUUUAAUGAAGAAAACCCAUGAGCUUUCUGUCCUUUGUGAUGCCCAAAUUGGACUCAUUGUCUUCUCCAGCAAAGGCAGACUCACUGAAUACUGCACCCCUCCAUCAAACAUGAAUCAGAUUAUAGAGAGGUAUGUUAAGGCCAGGCCGAAUGUUUUGAUACCCGAACAUCGCGAUCACAUAGGACCAGCUCCAUACAUUAAUGAGCAAGUUCAGAGGGAGCUGAUGAGAAUGAAGAAUGAAACCCUAAAUCUUCAAUUGAGCCUUCAGAGGUAUAAGGGAGAUGAUCUGAGCAGUGUAUGCUUUGAGGACCUAAGCCAACUCGAACACCAGCUUGAGCAAGCGGUGCUUAAGGUUCGAAGCAGAAAGUUUCAGCUUAUCCAUGAGCAGCUGGAGAAUCUAAAAAGAACGGAGAUACUGCUGGAGAAAGAAAAUCAAGAAAUGUACCACUGGCUGAUGAACAAUCAGAUUCAGAAGCAAGCAGAAAUGGAAAAUCAGCAGCAGCAGCAAGUGAUGACAGAACUUAAGUUAGUAGAACAACAACCAUUGUUGAACCAGUUCCCAUUCUAUGGAGAGGAUCUUCAGCUUGGAACUCAAAUACCUCUUCAGACACAGACACAACCAUACCGCCUCCAGCCUACCCAUCCUAACCUCCAAGACUCUACUCUACAAUCGGCCCCCAUGGAGUGAAUAGAAGCAAUAUAUAGAGAAGGAUUUGCAUGUUAUUACAGCAAGCAGAUGAUUCAUAUUUACUGUUAGUAUUAAUUUCACUAUCGUAUUCUUAAUUACUAAUUGAUGGUUGUAAGCACUUUGCUGCUCCUAUAGACAUU